GGUGAGACUAUGGAGGUGUUUCAGGAGUAUAUCUACGAGCUGAAGCUCCACACAGCUCAAUAUUUUCCAACUGCAGCAGGUUUUAACUUAGAUCCCUGGCCGAAGAAAGUUUUAAGAUGAAGCCGUUGGUCCUGCUGCUCUUUUCCAUUUGCUGUUUUCCGGGUUCGGUUGGUUCCGCUUCGCCUGUGGAAGACGCGUAUAACGCGGUGAUCAGCGUCGUUGCUCCGGGGCAGCGCUUUCUGACCGGAGAGUCCCUUCGCUCCCUUUUUAAUACCCUGCAGGAUCGUGUGCAGUGCGGCGAGGUGCCGUGUGAAAAGUGUGAUCUGGCUGCUGCUGUUGAUCAGCUCAUCGGGAAUCACUCCAGCCAUGCGGAGGAAGCACAUGAGAAAAUCGAGGCAAACGAGACUGUCAGUGUGUCUCAGUUCCCAGCUCUUGCUGCAGGCAGCGUCCUCUAUCUCAUCUCGCCUGACUUGGUCUGUGCUGCGAUUGGAGAGGGGAAAUGGGCAGAGGAGAAGGAGCGUUUCCUUCACAAAUUUACCCAUAUGGACCACCACAAACAUGUUCACAGUCACAUAGGCAUUAUUGGACUUGAGGGUGUGAUUCAGGAUCUGCGCAACCACUAUGAGCCUUCAGAUGAUAAGAACUGUGUAACAGCUAGUGGCAUCAUGAUGGAGGUUGACCCAGCGUCAUCAGAUCAGAUACAGGAAGUAGGUGCAGUUUUGGGGCGUGUAUUGUACCACGCCCUCCUUGGUCAUUGCUUUGGUCAGCCCCUACCAGAGGAGAGCUUUUUCCUGGAUUUUGUCAUGACUCAACUUGGUUCAGAAAAUUUCACUGUUCAUGAUUUAGAGGUUCUCAUGAAGAGCCUUAAAAUUGGACCAGAGGAGGACCACGAUCAUGAUCAUGACCAUAUUGAAGAUGCUAAAAAUUAUCAGAGGAAGCAGAGAGGACAAGUGCGUCAUGUAGGAGAUCAAACUAACAACACCUGGGAUGAGCAAUGUUUCACAGCUGAAGAAUUGGUCCAGAUCUAUGGUCUGUCUGAGGAAAGUUCUGGAAUGGGAAGAUCUGGCUUUGCAAAGCUGAGUCCUGCAUUGGUCCAGCAGAUCCUGAGUGGAUCAUGCUCAAAGGUUAUAGAACCAGCAACCUCCGAUCAGCUCUCCAAAACUGAGAAAUACCUCUAUGCGACCCUCGCCAAUAUUGUCAUUACCCUCAUGGCCAUUUUAGGCGUUGCGAUCCUACUGUGUACCUCGUGUACCAGUGUUUUCCAGAUCUGUAUCCAGUUCUGUAUCAGCAUGGCUGUGGGUUCUCUGACUGGGGAUGCCCUGCUGCACCUCAUACCAUCGGUUCUGGGCCUACAUGUUCACUCAGGGGACGAUGACCACGAUCACCAACAUGAGGAAACCCCAGAUUAUACAUAUAAAAUGCUAGCGGUGAUUGGUGGGAUCUACGCAUUUUAUCUGAUGGAAUCCAUCUUCUCAAUGAUCACAAAUGAAAGGAAUAAUCAUCAUGAGGAAGAGUCUAACCCUCACCACUGUGACCAUGCUGGGGUUUUAGAGAUGUAUCAACAGGAGAAGAAACAGAAAGAUAAGUUACAGUCUUCAUCAAAGGCAGAUCUGGUAGAUACUGAAGGGGAAGAAAAAAUCAAUUUAGAGCUGAAAAAACAAAAAAGAGAAAAGAGCCUACUGCCUUACAUGAUAACCAUUGGGGACGGGAUACACAACUUUGCAGACGGAUUAGCAAUAGGUGCGGCUUUCUCUAUGUCAUGGAGGUCUGGUCUUUCCACAUCCCUGGCUGUACUCUGCCAUGAACUCCCACAUGAACUUGGGGAUUUUGCCGUCCUGCUUCACAGCGGCUUGUCUGUCCGAAAUGCAUUGCUUUUAAACCUGGGCAGUGCUCUGACCUCAUUUAUUGGGCUGUAUAUCUCUCUGUCUGUAGCCACUGACCUUGCAACCCAACAGUGGAUAGGUGCAGUAGCCGCAGGGCUCUUUCUAUAUGUCGGUCUGGCUGAUAUGCUCCCUACGUUGAUCCAUGCUCACAGUAAGAGACAAUGGCAGAAAUUCCUGAUUCAGAAUGCCGGCCUCCUAACUGGUUGGAUUAUCCUGCUGUUGCUGUCACUAUACGAAGACAAAAUUAGCAUUUAAAAGUUUUUUUUUUUAAUCUGCUCUUAUUGUUAAUUUUGUUUGCAAAAACCUUGUUAAGCAUUUGGAAAAUAAUAAAUCUUAAUACGUUCAUUUUUUGUCAAAAUAUUUCCUAAAGGGGUCACAAGAGGACAACAAGCAGCCAUAGGUUCCUUGCAUCCUAUCUAUCCGUUCAUAUUGAAGAUCCAGAGUGUAUAGGAUGGUGUUACAUCCUGGAAAGGUUGCCUGUUUAUGAGUAAAGCCUCUUGUGUCCUCUGUUGUUCUUUACUGUUGUUCCGUUGACACCGAUUGAGAACACUUCAAAAGGAAGCAAAAGAAUCAGUAAGGUUAUAUAACCUAA